CAACCUAAACAGUGUGUGAUGGAGAUGUCGCCUGAAGCUUCUGGGCAAGGUCGAAAACGGAAAUACAAGGAUGAAGAUGGGACAGAGAUUGAGUCUGAAGCUUUGGGACAAGGUAAAAAAGUGAAAUGCAAGGAUGAGGGUGGAACAGGUUUGGUGUUUGAAGAGCCCAGCAAAACUCAGAAGAGGACACCUCAGGAACAGCAAGACCGAGAGCUUCAAAGUCAACAGCCAUGCAAGGAUGAGGUACGGGAACCCCGUCAAGAAACUCUAAGACAACUAAAGCCCCUAGAGUGGGCCACAGGUCCACAGGAGCAGGCUGUAACUGGGAGAGAGUCUGGGGAUGGUGGCAAGGGUCGCAAGCGGCCCUGUUGCCUCAUGGAGCAAUAUGCCGAAAACCACCAAAGGCAAAAGUACCAAAGGUUACUGCAGCACCUUCAGCCCAGUGAUCCUAUGAAAUCUGACCCACAGAGGGCUCACACAACCCUAGUGGAUACUCUGAAGAUCGAAGAUUGUGUGGAAGUGCACAGUCAUGGAUCCACAACAACCCAGUGUGAUCCUAAACAAUCUACUGUUGUUACCACAAAGGAAUGUGUCUCACCAGACAAAAAAGUGAAGACGUGUACAGAGAACUCUUCUGAUACACAGACAAAAGAUGCAGUAAACCUUGAAGGAAGAAGGGGACACCACUUGGAGCCUGACUUGCUAAGAGCAGAGGCUCAAGUCUUCCUGCAUAGUGGCAGCAAUAGGUCACUCCCCAACAAGAAGCCAGUAGUUAUGGCAGAGAAAAAGCCUGUUGCAGAACAGGAAAAGGGGAGAGGAACAGAUGAAGUCCUUAAUGUUACAGAGGACAUGGAAAAGGAAAUAAGAAAUGCACUAGGUCCAGGACCCCAGGAAGAAAUCUUAACCAGUGCAUUCAAACUGCAUAUUACUCGAGGAGAUAUCCACACACUAGAGAAUGGUAAGUGGCUCAAUGAUGAGAUUAUCAAUUUUUACAUGAAUCUUCUGGUUGAGAGAAAUAACAAAAAAGGGUACCCAGCUCUUCAUGUGUUCAGCACUUUCUUUUACCCCAAACUAAAGCAUGGAGGCUACUCUUCUGUUAAACGAUGGACUCGAGGAAUAAAACUGUUUGAAAAGGAAAUUAUUCUAGUACCUAUUCACCAGAGGGUACAUUGGAGCCUGAUAGUAAUCGACCUAAGAAAACAAAGUAUCAUAUACCUCGAUUCAAUGGGACAGACAGGGCAGAGUAUUUGUGAGACCAUCUUUGAAUAUUUACAAAAUGAGAGCAAAACUCGAAGGAACAUUGAGCUGGACCCUUUGGAGUGGAAAAGAUACAGUAUGACUUCAAAGGAGAUUCCUCAACAACUGAAUGGGAGUGACUGUGGAGUUUUUACUUGUAAAUAUGGAGAUUACAUUUCUAGAGACCAACCACUUACCUUUUCUCAGCAACACAUGCCCAUCUUUAGGAAGAGGAUGGUGUGGGAAAUCCUGCAUAAUCACCUACUGUAACAACAUCCACCUGGAUCCUAUGGAACUGGUACACUUUUCCAUCGAUGUUUCUAUAUACCUCAAGCAAGAUGGGUUGAAAAGAUUUAAAACAGAUACUGAGCUGCCUGACAUGGAGGAAGCCCACUCUCUUCAAUGUAGUCCUGACCUGGGGAGUUCUGACCAAUGCCAUCUAUACCUGCAAGGAACUACUGCAAGCUUAGAAACCGCUGAUCAACCCACACAAGAACACAUGUUCAAACAACAUUGUUUUAAUGUUGGAUUUAGUUUAUGAAUUUUUUAAUGUUGGAUUUGGUUUAUGAAUUGUUUUAAUGUUGGAAUUAGUUUAUGAGUUGUUUUAAUGUUGGAUUUAGUUUCUGAAUUGUUUUAAUGUUGGAUUUGGUUUCUGAAUUGUUUUAAUGUUUGAUUUAUUUUAUGAAUUGUUUUAAUUUUGAAUUUAGUUAAUGAAUUAUAUUUAUUGUCUUCCUCGCCCUCCAAUGAUAAUGUUUUCACUCACUCAUUUGCAAACCUUGGCAGUUGUCAUUUUACAAUAUUCUCUAGUUGCCAACUCUACUCCUUAUUUGAACUGUUUAUUUCUGAAAGGAAUGCUCAUCACACUCUCAUUUCCUGCUUAAGAUCCGGAGGGACAUCAGCAAGAAGAGGCAGGAAGUAUUGACUCUCAUUUCUAUUGCUGGAGUUGUAUCUGUUAAAUUGAAGUUAGAGGUGGUAUUUUUUAAAGCUUGAAAACAGUACAAGAAAGGAGAAUGAACUGCACAGACUGAUGCUUUCCUGACCCAUCAUACUCUACUGGACUUGCAUAGGAUGCAG